GUAAACAAACGGGCAUUAUACUUGCUGUUGGAAGAGUGAUGGGGGUAGAUCUAGAUGCACCCAACCCUUGUCGUUUGGACUUCUCCCAGAAGAGUAUGGGUGUUGAUGCACAGAGGAGAAUCCUGAAUCGCAACCACCGAAGACUACGUCAGGAUGUGGACAUCGAGACAAUUUACCAGCACCUCAACGAGCACAGUCUACUGUCGGACCACGAGAGAGAAAUUCUACUCAACGUUUACCACACACGACAGUUCAAGAUAGACAAACUGUUACAGUGGAUACCCAUGAAAGGCAGUAGUGCAUUUUAUAGAUUGUCUGCAGAGGUCUAGUCGCGACGCUAGUGGCCACGAAGAGGUCGCAGACCUGUUGCAGCGAGAUGUUGAUCGUGCCGACAGAGACAAUCUCGAUAUCGGCAAGUGCCUGCGGAUACCCGCCCCUCGUUUAUCAACAAUUAAAAAGGCAUCUGUAUUCGCAUUGUUUGGUCUACUGCUCCUGCUAUCGUGUCCCCUUCUCUUCCAUAAAUCCCAGCUAAAACAACUGUUUGAAUGGUCCACACACUCUCUCCUCCUCCCACAGCCUUGUGCACCAUUCCUCGGUAGAGACAGAGAGACUAGUGACCUAAUGAGAGUACUGGACAUGCAGAGUGAUGAAGUGAGAAUAGUAAAUCU